AUGAGCAGCAACGAAUGCUUCAAGUGUGGACUCGCUGGCCACUGGGCCCGGGAAUGCCCUAGAGGAAGAGCUCGAGGCCGCGGAGCUAGAGGCCGUGGCAGAGGUUCUCAGUGCUGUUCCACAAGUCAAUCAGACAUCUGUUACCGCUGCGGUGAGUCUGGUCAUCAUGCUAAGAACUGUGACUUUCCCGAGAACAUCUGCUACAACUGUGGGGGAAGUGGCCACAUCGCUAAAGACUGUAUCCAGCCUAAACGAGAGAGAGAGCAGUGCUGUUACACCUGCGGCAGACCAGGUCAUCUGGCUCGUGAUUGUGACCGCCAGGAAGAGCAGAAAUGCUACUUUUGCGGCGAAUAUGGGCACAUUCAGAAAGACUGCACCCAAGUCAAGUGCUACCGAUGUGGCGAGAUGGGCCACAUGGCUGUCAACUGCAGCAAGGCAAGUGAGGUCAACUGCUACCUCUGUGGCGAAUCCGGACAUCUAGCUCGGGAAUGCCCCAUUGAGGCUACCGCUUAA